AAGAACAUCUCAUACCACAGCACAACAAUGUCACCCAAGAAAGCAAAGAAGAGAGCAGAGGGGGCCAACUCUAAUGUGUUCUCCAUGUUUGAGCAAACACAGAUCCAGGAAUUUAAAGAGGCUUUUACCAUUAUGGACCAGAACCGAGAUGGAUUCAUUGACAAAGAAGAUCUUAGAGAUACUUUUGCUGCAUUAGGUCGACUGAAUGUGAAAAAUGAAGAACUGGAAGAAAUGCUAAAAGAAGCUCCAGGACCAAUCAACUUUACAGUGUUUCUGACCAUGUUUGGAGAGAAGUUAAAGGGAGCUGAUCCAGAAGAAACUAUUUUAAAUGCAUUCAAAGUGUUUGACCCUGAGGGAACUGGACUUCUCAAAUCAGAAUACAUUCGAGAAAUGCUCAUGACUCAGGCAGAAAGAUUUACAAGUGAAGAGGUUGAUCAGAUGUUCACAGCUUUCCCCCCUGACGUAACUGGAAACUUAAACUACAAAAACCUUGUGCAUAUUAUCACUCACGGUGAAGAGAAGGAGGAAUAAUAUAGUUGUGCAAUGGUCUUGCUCUUCUCUUACCAACCCCACGGCGCUCAGAGUUUUGUUUUCCAUCUACUGUAUGUCUGCUUGCUGUAUUUAGUCUACACUUUGCCCUUCACAAUCUGUGUUUACUGUGACCAUCUGUAAAAUAAUAAAUAUUAUUUCUCUACAUCAUAUCUAAUACAGGUAUUUAUUAUGUUGCUUUAAUGUCCUAAGUACAAAGCAGUGACGGUAACAAGAUUUCAGGGCCCUUACAUGUGUGCCCAGACUACUCAGAGCUUCCAAUAUAUAUAUACUGUAUAUAUAUUUUGUUGUUUAUAACAUGUUACAAUACUAUUUGGUUAAAAAAUGUACAUGCAACAUGGUGGGAUAUCACUAAAUAAAAUAAUGUCAUAUGAAGUGCUAA